UACUCUGUACUCAUACAAAUUGGAAAUUAGUCCCUGCCUAAAAAAUAUAGUGACUAUUGCGCCACCUAUUGUGUAAAUUUAUCAACAUGGCGCAGUUCAGGCAGCAAGGGCAAGAAUUUGGAAUGAUGCCCUUGCCACCCGGACAGAUGCAAUAUUCCCAUGGAAUGGCCCCAAUACAACAUCAAAUGUUCCAGCAACCUUUAACUAGCACUAUGGCAUCUAUGGUUGGAUUCCAAGCACAGCCAACCUUUCAAUCACAGUAUACAACUGUACCUCCUGGUAGCAUUGGGAUGGCUGGAAGGUCACAAAUCCAACAAAUGGGGCCAUUGCAACCACAUGCACAACCACUAACAGAUAAGCAGAAAAAGGCAAGACUGUACCAAGAGCAACAGAAAAAACUGAAACAAUCUGGCGUGAUUGGAAAAGGUCUAAAGUUAGAUGCAGAUAAACUGCUCUCAGAUUUUGGUGGUUCAACUUCUAAUGCAAGUAAACAACAGCAACAAACAAAGGUGUCGUCUUCAAUGAUGAAACCCCAGCAGCAAAAUUCACACGUACAGCAGCCCGGAUUAGAUGCGAAUUUUGGAGACUUCUUGGGUGGACCUACUGCUCAACCAACAAAGCACUUGGGUCCUGUGAAACCGAUCUCGCCUCAGAUGUGUGGAACGCAGAAACAUCAGCGGGCAGCCGGCAUCCCGCAUCACCUCAACAACGUUACACAGCUUGUGACUCAACACCACAGUACUCAUCAAGGAUCGCAGCAGCAACAGCAACACCAACAAGAGCAAGAGCAACCCUCACUGGAGCUGAAGACGAUGAUGCUGCAGUGCUCGGAGCUGAACGGCCCCGCGAAGGCGCGCGGGUUUCGCGUGACGACGCCGGUGACGGAGACGCGGCCGACGCACGUCAUCGGCAAGCAUCAGGUCAGCAGCCAGCGCUCGGCCGACUGGACGAUCAUGGACGAACGGCUGACCGACGACUUCACCCUCCCGCUCGCUGAGACGUUGAAUGUGGCAGAUUUAGCGACGGAGACCGAUCACAUAGACACCAGCAUUGUUUUCCCGAUCCUCGUGUCGAGCGGUCUACCGCGCGAGCUACUCGGCCACAUCUGGAGCCUCGCCAAUCUCGCCACCCCCGGACAGCUCAAUGUUCCCGAGCUGUAUGCCAUUCUGGCCCUGAUCGCACGAGCACAGCACGGCAACGAGGUGCCGACGUUGAAGGCGAUCCACGGCCUCGGCAGCAUCCCCGUCCCCGUGCUCCAGCAUCCGGACUUUGCCGUCCCUUCGAAGCACCAGCAGCACGGCGGCGAGCCCGUCACGCCGGGAGCAAUCCAGCUACACACGCUCAACGGCAGCCAGCAGCAGCAGCAGCAGCGGCAGCAUCAGCAGCAGCAGCAGCAACAGCCGCAGCAGCAGCAUAAUCGUCAUCAUCAGCAGCAGCAGCAGCGUGGAGCAGCGUUCGCCGGGCAGCCGUCAGACAUCAGCUGCAUGCCGGCUACAACGGGACGACGGAGCGCAGGUGUCAUGGCGGCCGCGGCCCCCGCGCGGGGAUUGGCGACCCAGCGCGACCUCGCCGUCGCCGUUGCCGACGACGACGACGACUUUGCGUCCUACGUGUCGAGGUCGCCGGAGAAGAAGCCAGAGAGGGAGCUUGCGCUCGUCGAGGAGAACCCCAUCUACAUCUCCGACGGCGAGGUCGACGGAGGCAGCACGCUGUCGUUCAUGACGUCCGGUUGCUACGGCGACGAGGUCGGCGCCCGGCUGUCCAAUUACAACAAGCCGUCGAGGCCGCUGCACGCGGCGAUGAGGCAGGUCGACGAGGACGACUUUGCCGACUUCCAGACGGCGUCGCCGGCGAAGACGACCCCCGCAAGUCACGUGACGGAGCAGGACAAGUACGCGGCGCUGCGCACACUGGAGGAGGCGGCGGACGCGGCGCGGCCAUUCGUCAGUGACGACGCGGAGUUCGAAGCGUUUGCGUCCGCUCCGGCCGAAGCGGACUCUGCUGCGGCGCAGGAUGCUCCCGAAGCUAUGAUCAGCAGCGAGAUCGGCUUCAGCGCGCACAUGGCCUCGCAGCAUGGCAUCCUUCCGCGCAGUCCGCCCGUCGCUGACACCGUCAACGACUUCACCUACUUCCUCAGCUCAAACCUGGCGUCGCCACCAGGGGGCGCCGCCACCGUGCACGCGACCGACGACGUCCUCCAGGACGACUUCGGCGACUUCGCCGACUACCGGUCGGCGCCGGCAGCGCCCCCGCAGUCGGCAGCGGCGGAAAUCGCGGCGCAGUACGCGUCGCCGUCGUCGUCGACGACGGAGCUGCAGACGCUGAACGCGGCGGCGGCGGCCGAUGACGGCAAGCCGGGGUUCAAUGACAAGUACGCACUGUUCAUGAAGCUGCGCGACAGCUCGCCGACAUUCUCCGGCGCAAAACCGUCGCCAGGAGGCGCCACGGACAGCGACGACAGCCCCGACGCGCCCCCGCCGGUGGCUCCCCCUCGCGGCGGCUCGAUCGACGGGUUCCCGUCGGAGUUCGCGGCCGGCUCGGACAGCGGCGGCGGCGGCUUCUCGCCCGGCGACGACGUCACCGACGUGCCGCUGCCGCCCAACGUUGGUUACGGCCGCCGCCAGGUGGCGCUGCCGGAGUUUGGCGCGCUGUACAGCUGCCGGCCGCCGCCGCUGACGGACGCGGUGGCGCGCGACGACCAAUCGGUGUCCAGCCUCGAGCUUCCCGGCGCGGAUAAGACGAGCUCGUCCGACUCGGAGAGGGUGAGCCUCGGAAAGCUGUCAGAGGCCAGCCUGGACUUGAAGAGCAUCAAGUCACUUUCUGUGGAGGGAGAGGACAGUGGAGAGAACGAUGGAACCUCUCUUCCGGAGAAGGACUCCGCUCCGGUUGAUGCCUUGGAAUCCUGCCAAGCUCCUCGACCUGUCAACCCGAGCACGCUGUUGUUGACCAGCCAGAUGGGGCCAGACCUUGUAGACAAAUACAGCGAGCUACACGCACUCGAGGGUGACACUCGCCCACAGGACAGCGACAAGCAUGGCUACGAGUGGAAUAGAUGCCUGAGCAGCUGCAGAUCGAUGCUGAAGGAUAGCAACAAGAUCUUCAACAACAUCAGUAGUUCGUCGAUCUGUAGUGAGCUGAUUCGUUCGGAGCAAGGCAGCGCGUAUCUCGACAGUGUGGUGGAAAUCUACCGCGUGGCGUGCCGCGUCAUGCUGUCGCUGCAGUCGUGCAGCAUCGGUUCGUCCGAGCUAGCCGCCGUCGUGAAGGACAUCAACCGGCUGUGGACGAACCUGACUGCUUUCAUCGCCGGCAGCGCGGUCAUGCCGGAGCCGAGCGCGCUGGACUUCUCGCCCUGCGUCGUGCGGCCGGAGCACGGGGUCAGCAAGGCGUGCGGCGUCUGCCUGCUGAGCGUGGACCAGCGCAGCCGCGCGUUUGACCAUCCGACGGACACGAGCAAGCUGUCGUACGGAGGCAGGCAGUACCACGCAACCUGUGCCAACUUUUGGGUGAACAGCGUCGACUCGUUGCUCCCCGCGCUACCGCUCCAGGAGUUGCUGUAGCCGGUAGCGACCGUAGCCGGUAGCGACCGUAGCCGGUAGCGACCGUAGCCGGUAGCGACCGCAGCCGGUAGCGACCGCAGCCGGUAGCGACCGUAGCCGGUAGCGACCGUAACCGGUAGCGACCGUAGCCGGUAGCGACCGUAGCCGGUAGCGACCGUAGCCGGUAGCGACCGUAGCCGGUAGCGACCGUCGGCGGGGGUGAGUGUUAACGGGAGGACGUGAUUGCUAGCGCGUGGUCGCGGCACGCGUGGCGGUCUGCUUCUCUACUGUCGUGCGGGAAAUUAUCGUGUGUGAUAUCUCAUGACUGGUCUAGCGUCCUACGGUGACGCGUGUCGACUGUGUGUACAGACAAUCAUUGCCGAAAACUGAACGCUUUCCCCGUCGUUUUUCGUCAGCGUAAUGUGUAAAACGGAUUUGGUGGCGUGAUACGUAAAAGUGGAAUAGGUAACUCCCUUAAGUACAAGUGUUGCGAGUGAAGCGAGUUUGGUCCGUAACCGAUACAUCUCUACUACUGUGCAUAGGUUUUACCAUGGCCAUUUCUGGCAUUGACGAAAUGCCAGGUUGAAUCACAGUGAAUGCUUUUUCGCAUAGUGCUAGUUACGUGUGAAUAGUUGCAUGCCGUAAUCCUACUCACUCACAUGCAGCAUUUCUGGUUUUGUUGCUACAGGUAAUGUUGUAGUGUUGUGUAGAUUGCUUGUCUGAACAGACCACGAUACUUUUCUCGGGUGAUCCAGAUAUUGCCUGCUUAUAGGCGGCUGAUUUUAAAAACUAGAUAAUUGAAUUAUUGAUAUUUUAGUAAGGGAUAUUAUAAUAUAAAAAGCGGAAUGAAGAAAAAAAUGCACAAAAAAUAAUUCAACUGACCAUUGAAACAUGUUGUGUAGAGAUGAUGGUUAUUAAUAUAUUUCAGCGUAGUUUGCGACUGUUUUGUGUGUAUUUUAGUUCGUCGAUAUCUUGACACCUGUCAGCUGAAUUGCAGCCACUGUAUACUUGUGCCAAGGUCACGAGUUACUUCCUUCCGAUUAUUCCUGUCAUAAAAUUAUUGUCGAGAUCUAGACCAUAGCAUAGUGCAAAGUUACAGUACCAAGACCUUAAUCUGAAAUCUUAUCAAAUAGCGUGUAACCUCAUUUCUCCACAUUUGAGUGUUUUGCCUCAAGGGCCAGCACUAACGGGCAUGUCUGCACAUGUGGGACCAAUGCCUCAAGCAUGUGGCUAGUCUUUGAUUGAUGUGAUAUUGAACUGUAUAUUGAAUUUGCAUACUGUGUAUAUAUAGCUUUUAAUAUGGUCAUUCCCAGAGGUAGAAGUUGCAUGAAAGAGCUUGAGCUCUAUAUACAUGUACGUUAUUGCUCUAUUAUAUAUCGUUAUAUUAGCAAUAUUGCGUACUAUUAUAGUCAAAAUAGGAAAAAUAUUUAAUGAGUUGACUAAGUAAUAUAGUAUAUAGCAUAUCAGGUACGUAUGCGGGAAUUGUAGGACGUUAUCUGCAUUUCUCUGGCAAAGCAGAUUAUGUGCCCAGUGUAGCAGUUUAUGGUAUCAUAUCAGAACGUUUGUCAUUUGCACCGUGUCCUCUUUUCUUUGCCAGAGAUAUUCAUUUAUUGCAGACUAGUGAUGAUAAAUUAGCUGGUGAUGGUAUUAUUUAGACGAAUGUUACUUAAUAAUCAAAGCCUUUCAACCUGUUACCUAGAUGACCAACAAAUUGUCUGUAACCGAUGAGAUAUACGUACACCAAUGACGUGGGGGAUGGUGAAGGAAUUCUACGUGGAAGUCCUACGUUUGUUAGAAUGGGAAAAAAUUAUGUCAUGCUUUUACAAAUCUGUGUAAUGGUGAUGGGUAGUGGGAAACGGGGAGUGUGACCCAUCUGGUAUAAAGUUAGACUAAUGACAACUAGUCCUUUUUCAUUACAAAAUGCCGAUUUUAACCACGAUGAUAUAUAUAUAUAUAUAUCAGGAGUAGAUAAUAGGGAGUUCCCUAUAGUUAUAAUAAUUCCCUAUUAUCUACUUCUGAUAUAUAUAUAUAAUGCUUAUUUCAUAAGCACGUGAUGAACAAGUUCAGAAGAACAUGACUUUUCUACAAUUGGCCAAGUUAAAGUGAAAGGCAGUCGUGAACCACUCUAUGAAAUAUUUAUCAGAUCUGCAUCAGUUGCAUAAUUUGUUGGCAGUGACACUGUGCGAUAGCUUUGGCCAUAACGAAUGGUUUCCUAGUAUUUUUUCAUUGACUAACUGCAUAUUGUUGUACUAACGACUCAACAGUGGCGUCUGUGCACAGCAGGACAAACAUUUGAAGGUGAUAUCCACCUUAUUAACUCCUAAUCAUGCGUAAGAAUAAUUAUUUUAGCUAAAGCAAUUGUAAACGUUAUAGAAAACACCCUUACAGUUAUUUAAGUAACAAUAAUAAAUUUUAAAUAACAAAACAAA